CUCCUUCACAUAUUUGCAUUAGGGAUAUACAUGGAUCUAGCGAUUCAGGUUUAGUCAUUUUAAUCACCAGAUCCACACACUUCAAUUUUGAAAACACCACAUCUAAACCCACACAAUAAAAUUAAAAUUUCACUGUUUGUUUAUGGUUGGAUUGGGUCAGGUGGACAAUACUUAUAAGUAAAAACUCAAGUAAACACUAAAAAUGCAACUAUUCUGUACAAAAAGUAAAGUAAUUUAUAACUAAUUAAAUUUCAAUCAAAUUAAUUGAAGUGGAAGGUAUCAAAAUGCAUAGAAGGUGUCGCUUGGAUAUAGAUUAAAUGUAAUUUGUUUCAACAUAUGUCUAUUAUGUUUCAUAAACAUUUAAUAAAAUAAGCAAAAAUCUUAUGCAUAAUAAGGGAAUGCAUCCAUAUAUUAUUCUUCUAAAAGUAUCCACAAGAAAAAAAAUGUGAAUCAUAACUUUAUGCAUCCAUAGUAUAUUAUUCUUCUAAAUAUACGUGCCUAAAUUUUAAAUUGAAAAAUGCAUAAGUUUAGCUAGACCACAAAAGAAAAUUAUGAAUAAAUUCUUAGCUUUCUCACAAACAUGCUUGUAUAGGAGACAAAUGCGUUUUAGAUACGAACACUUAGAACAACAAUUGUAACAUAGACUCAGGUUGGUAUCUAUGGGUUGCAUAACCCAAAACUCGCACCAAACCCAAAAGAGAAGGUUUCACAAAAUAAAACCAACAAUCAACCUAAAACUUUAGUUUUAGCGGUAAAUACGAUGAGUUAGGGUAGGGUUACAGUUAUUUUUGGUCACUCUUAAAUCACAUAGCUCUACCACUAAUUUAAUUUCAUAAAAAAAAAAUUAUCCCCAAAUUUAAUAUCAUUAAUUGAUGUAUGUAUAGAUGGCAGCGAGGAUUUCCAUGAGACAUUAUGGGCAACGAUAACAAUUUCGACCUAACCUUUGUUUACCCUGACUUGUUUAACCUGUUUGGGGACUGGUAUUACUCGCCCCGUAGGUGACACAGGAUGGGUAUGGGUACUCCUCUCGACCCGACUUGUCCUAACCUGCCUCAGUCUCUACUCAUUGUUUUCCUAAAUCACAUGUAAUUUUACUCAAAUUACAUAUAAUUUUAUUUUUAGGGUGUGCCUACGGUGACAUGCAUGUCACGGUGACUUGCACUUUCCGGUCGACCUCAGUUAGGAUUAGGUCGACCUCAUUUAGAAUUCGGUCGACCUCAUAUAGGAUCUGGUCGACCUCAUUUAGGAUUCGUUCGACCUCAUAUAGGAUCAGGUCGACCUAAUCUGUUGUUUCAGUGUAAAAACAGUUCAUGGUGCCUACUUUGGAUAUUCAUAUCAUACAAUUGGCUAGAUGGAAAUUGAAGACUAAUGACUUGUUUUGAAGCUGGAGUGUCCCUCUACAUAUUGAAGUGAUUGAGAGCUCGAUAGGAAGUCCAGAAGACCAUUUUUGAACCUCAUCAAAAGGCUAUGCCAAAACUGGGAAACAGCCUAGAAAUGGCUACGUCUGGAAACGUGUUUGUGAAGCCUGUUUUGGAGCUCAAUUCGAGAAGCAUGAAUGCGAGUCGAGUCCAGGAGCCUCUACCACGUUAAAUUAGGUAUGUUUUUAUGCCAAUUUAAGGCAUUGGAUGAAAGAUUGGAUAUCUGUAAGGCUUCAAACAAAAGGGUCGAAGUUGCUACGAAGGCUGUUUUUCUGGCAGACUUCGAGCACAAGCAAGCUGCCAAAAAAACAGCAUUCGUAGCAACUUCGACCCUUUUGUUUGAAGCCUUAAAGAUAUUCAAUCUUUCAUCCAAUGCCUUUCCUUUAUAUUAAAAAGAGACGUAAUUUAAUGUGGUGGAGGCCCCUGGACUUGACUCGCAUCCAUGCUUCUCAAAUUGAGCUCCAAAGUAGGCUUGACAAACACGUUGCCAGACUUGGCCAUUUUCAGGCAGUUUCCCAGUUUUGGCAUAGCUUUUUGGUCAGGUUCAAAAAUGGUCUUCUGGACUUUCUAUUGAGCUCUCAAGUACUUUAAUGUGUAGAGGGACACUUCAUCUUCAAAACAAGCCUUUAAUCUCCAAUUGCCAUCUAGCCAAUUGUAAGAUAUGAAUCUCCAAAGUAGGCACCAUGAAACUGUUUUUACACUGAAACAACAUAUUAGGUUGACCUGAUCCUAUAUGAGGUCGACCGAAAAUUGCAUGUCACCGUGACAUGCAUGUCACCGUAGCAAAGUCCUUAUUUUUAUUAUCUCAUAUCUAAGCUAUAACGAAGUAAAUAGGCGAGAACUUUAAUUUCUCGAAUAAUUUAACUAUAUUUAUCAUAUUAUAGUUUGUGUCUCGAUUUGUCAAUGAAAAAAAAUUCUAAUAUUUUCUUUUAAACUACAUAACUAUAUGGGUAAACCUACCCAGGCCCGCACCCAUGAUAAAUUAUCCAACCUGUACCUGACAUGCCACAUGACAAGUAUUGGUAUCAAAAUACCCACCCAAACCUGUUGUUAGCGGAUUAUGGGAAGUGUCUUGGGCCACGGAAAUUUAUGAUUGAUGAUUGGCCCAAGCCCAUGCAACCCGAACCAUGCAAACGUAGGCAUGCUAGGGUUUCUGACUUGUAUUUAUUUCCCAUGUAUCCCACCGAAAACACUCAAGCAAAUAUAGUACGAUUUCUUCUUGGAGAGCUUGCCUCUCCCGUGGAUUAGUCCUGGCAUUCCAGGGAUACCACGUUAAAUCCGUGUGUUCAUCUCGUUAACCUUUUGAUUUAUUUAGAUACGUUAACAUGGUAUCAGAGCUUUCGGCGCCUGAUUCUGAGAGACUGUCAAUUCGGCUCAACCCAAAGAAUUACAUGCUGUGGGAAUUUCAAUUCCGUGUUCGUGUUGAAGGGAAGGGACUCGCCCGGGUCCUGGAUGGAACAGAUCCGAGGCCAGACUCCACGGCCACUGCCGAGCAUAUCACACACUGGAACAUGAAUGAUGCUCGGGUAAGAUCGUGGAUCCUAGACUCGGUUGAUCCAAAUAUUUGUUUGAGCCUCCAUAUGCAUAAGACUGCACAAGAUAUGUGGAAACAAUUGGCUGCUACUUAUUCAACCGCAAGUGCCGCGCGACAAUUUGAGGUCCAGAUUGCGUUGGAUAAGUUGGAACAAGGAGAUAGGGAUAUUACAGCUUACCUCACUGCCGCACAAGAAUUGUGGACCGAAGAAGAUUUACUCACCUUGUCACUACGACCUGCCGCAACUUCAGUUGUCUUGAUUGAGGAACGCAAGCAUGCUCGCCUUCUCCAUUUUCCGAUGCGGCUAAGACCAGAGUUUGAGCCCAUCAGAUCGGCCAUCAUUCAUCGUGGAGCGCUGUCAAUGGAUGGUGUUGUUGGUGAUUUGAUAAGGGAAGAGACCCGCCUGAGAACCCAGGCCAAGUUGGACCUCCGCCCCGGCGACAGUGAGUCGCCCCUUGUUGCUGCCGCAGGAGAUGAUGCUGCCUUCGCCGUGGGACGACCGCAAUUCCACCGUCGAAUCCCGAUCGCGGAAUUGCACUGCCACCAUUGCAAGGAGAAAGGCCACCUUCAAAAAUAUUGCCGGAAACGUAACCUGUGCGUGUACUGUAAAAAGGGCGGGCAUAUCAUACUCGACUGCAGGCUCUUUGUCAAACACCAUGGGAAGCAUGCAGAGAUGUCGGACAACCCCCAGGAGCAGCCGCGAUCCGACACUCGCCGCACCGAUCGCCCUGCUUAUUCCGCGCAGCUGGCCGAAGGGAGUGGGGCAGGGUUUUCAGCUGCCAAGAUAGAGGAAUUAGUGAAUGCGGCGCUACAGAAAUCAUUGCCAACUGCUAUCAACUCCGCAUUUGCUGCUAUGCAGGUUACAGGUAAGAAACCCUCACCAUGGCUACUGGAUUCUGCUUGUUAUAACCAUAUGACACAAAAUUCAGAUGUUCUUACUAGCAUUCAACUUGUGCGUCAUAUGAACUUACGGGUAGCUAAUGGUGAGCAUUUGGCGGUUCAAGGAAUGGGAUGUGUAAAACAACCUAGGAUUAAUUUACCUAAUACGUUACAUGUUCCCAACUUAGUGCCUAAUCUAGUGUAUGUUGGACAACUUACUGAUCACGGAUGCUCGGUUACGUUUGCACCGUCUGGCUGUGUUGUGCAGGACCUGAAGACGGGGAGGCAAAUCGGCAGAGGGAGUAAGCAGGGGUGGUUAUUUCAAUUAGAAGAGCUCAUCAGUCCAUCAUCAUCAUCGUCCUCUCCUGUCUCCGAUAAUAGUAGGCAUGUCAGUAGUCCUUUGGUGUCUAGUUUUUCAAGUCUUCCUAGUGAGUCGAAUAAUGUUUGGGAUUUGUGGCAUUCACGUUUGGGUCACCCUAACUCUGGUCGUUUGUUACAAAUGUUUCGUCAGUCUUUGUUAGGCAAGCACAAUGUUUCUAUGUUGUCUAAACAUAAUUGCACCAGUUGUGUUGAAGCUAAAACCAUCAGUAUUUCUUCCCCUUCUAGUUCCACGGUGAUUUCUGAACCCUUUCACAUUAUACACUCUGAUCUAUGGGGACCAUCUUUUGUGCUUUCUCGCCAUGGGUUUCGAUACUUUGCGUUAUUUGUUGACCAUGCCACCAGGUUCACAUGGGUUUACUUUCUCCGUCUUAAAUCCGAUCUUAAGGCUAUUGCCGAGGAGUUUUUGAAAAUGGUGCAAACCCAGUUCAAUAAACCUGUUAAAAUCCUUCGUUCUGAUCCGGGGGGUGAGUUUAGUUCGAAUCCUCUGUUGGCUUUGUAUCGAUCUCUUAGUACAUUGUGUCAGAAAUCUUGUCCUGGUGUGUCGCAGCAGAAUGGUUUAGUUGAGCGUAAGAAUAGACAUGUCCUUGACCUAACUCGUGCCCUCCUCAUUGAGUCGCAGGUCCCUUCUCGUUUCUGGCCUGAAGCUGUUGCUACGGCUGUCCGUCUCAUAAACUAUCAGAUCACCCCGGUUCUUCAAAAUGUUAGCCCAUUCUUUGCAUUAUACUCUCGUCAUCCUGACUAUUCUCGUCUCCGGGUUUUUGGGUGCUUGUGCUUUGUUCUCAUGCCACGGAAGGAACGCACUAAGUUAACUCCUAAAACAGCUCGGUGUGCGUUCCUUGGGUAUAGCGACAUUCACAAAGGGUAUAUUUGUUAUUACCCUGUCUUGCAACAUGUGCGUAUAGCAGCUACUGUGGUAUUCUUUGAGAAUUUUAGGUUCUUUCCUUCUGUUGAGUCCGAAAAUCAUUUGUUCAAUCCCAUGUCCCAGUUGCCUAGUUUUGAUGAUGAUGAUACUGAGAAUGAUGAUGGUUUGCCGCCCCCUGAGGAACCUCCCUCUCCCCUGCCGAACAUGCCUCCCACUCCGCCUGGGACGACUCCCGCCUCUUCCUCAAGCUUGCACUUGGACUCGCCUGACACAUCGAGCUCCUCGACGUCCCAUGCCUCGAUGUCACACUCCUCGACCGCGACUUCUGCUGCAUCGGCUGCGGAUGGAGGGUCCCCUCCGCCGUCACCACCUCAUGACAACCCGCGCCUAUCUCUUCGGGUUAAUAAAGGUCAGCCACCACCUCGGUUCAAUGAGUAUUUUGCCUAUGGGAUUGAUGCUUUGGUAGUUCCUACGAGUUAUAAGCAGGCGGAGGGUAAUCCGUUGUGGGAGGCGGCCAUGCAAACGGAGAUCGAUGCUGUGCAUGCCAAUAAGACGUGGACGGUGGUGGAUGGGCCUCCUCCUGAGGUGCCUGUUAUAGGUUGUCGGUGGUUAUAUGCGUUAAAAAUGACCCCGCAAGGGGAGAUUGAACGUCAUCGGGCCCGAAUUGUAGCGCAGGGUUACUCCCAGGAACAAGGGAUCGACUUUGACGAAAAUUUUGCUCCGGUGGCUAAAAUGGCUACUGUACGUACACUUCUGGUGGUGGCAUCUGUUCGUCGCUGGCCGUUGUUCCAGUUUGACGUCAAGAAUGCGUUUUUGCAUGGGGAUUUAAAAGAGGUUGUCUAUUUGGAGAAGCCUCCGGGAUACAACGUUGGUUCACCGGGACAGGUUUGUCUACUUCAUCGGUCGUUGUAUGGACUCAAACAGGCUCCGCGGGCGUGGUUUGAGAAAUUUCAGACUACCGUUCAGAAGCUGGGUAUGCGGCAAAGUUUGAGCGAUCCGUCUCUAUUUACUCAAACCACUGCGGCAGGUAUUGUUGUUCUCCUCCUCUAUGUUGAUGACAUGGUGGUCACCGGUGAUGAUACUCAUGAGAUUACUGCCCUUAAACGCGGCCUUCAGGAGGCGUUUCACUUGAAAGAUUUAGGCAACUUGUCAUAUUUUCUUGGGCUCGAGAUCAGUCGGAAUGACCAGGGCAUUCACAUUGGGCAACGGAAGUAUAUUGGGGACUUAUUGAGUGAACAUCACUUUGAUGAUUGUCAACCGGUCAGUACACCGAUGGAAUUGAAUUUGAAGCUCCGACGUGAUUCCGGCAGCUCAUUACCAGAGGGUGACAGCUCCUGUUAUCGUAGCUUGGUGGGGAGUCUCAUUUACUUAGCUGCCACCCGCCCUGACAUUUCCUAUGUUGUACAGAUGGUUAGCCAGUUUAUGGCGGUCCCUCACCGGGAUCAUUUGGCUGCGGCCCACAGGAUUCUCCGGUACUUGAAGGGCACGUAGGAUGUUGGUAUGUUCUUCCCAUCCACAGGCUCACUUGGUCUACGUGCUUUUUCCGAUUCUGAUUUUGCAGGAUGUGUAGACACCCGUCACUACGGGUUGGUGUGUUCAGUUUGCUGGUUCCUUCAUUUCAUGGCGGUGUAAGAAACAGGAUAAGGUAUCCAAGUCCUCUACGGAGGCGGAGUAUCGGGCUAUGUCUGAUGUCUGUUCCGAGCUUGUUGGGCUGCAACGUUUAUUGGGAGAUCUCAGCGUUUCAUGUUCAGUGCCUCUUGUUGUUUUCGUGGAUAACACCAGUGCCAUUCAGAUUGCGAUUAAUCUGGUUCUCCAUGAUCGCACGAAGCACAUCGAGCUUCAUGUCCAUUAUGUUCAUGAUUUGGUGCGCGAGGGCUCGGUUCGGCUGCAGUAUCUCAAAACGGAAGAGCAGAUUGCGGAUAUAUUUACUAAGCCUUUUACCAGUAGUCGGCAUUGGUACCUCUCAAGCAAAUUGAUGCUUCGUUCCCGGCAUCAAUUUGGGGGAGGCUGUUAGCGGAUUAUGGGAAGUGUCUUGGGCCACGGAAAUUUAAGAUUGAUGAUUGGCCCAAGCCCAUGCAAACGUAGGCAUGCUAGGGUUUCUGACUUGUAUUUAUUUCCCAUGUAUCCCACCGAAAACACUCAAGCAAAUAUAGUACGAUUUCGUCUUGGAGAGCUUGCCUCUCCCGUGGAUUAGUCCUGGCAUUCCAGGGAUACCACGUUAAAUCCGUGUGUUCAUCUCGUUAAACUUUUGAUUUAUUUAGAUACGUUAACACCUGUCCAUUGACAUUCCUAAUUAUGGGUAUACUUUUAUUAGUUACUUGUAAAAAAAUGGGUUAGAGAUCACUCUUUCAUUUUGAUGGUUCAAAAUGUAGGUACGAGAAAUCUGGACCGUAAAUAAAUCAUUGAAUUUGAACUCAAAAACUUCCCUCCAUCGGUUAAGAAAUUGGUCCAACCAAUCAUGGUUAAUUGGCGGUUAGAAAAAAAGGUCCUGAUUUAAUUCAAUAUAUCCAACGGUGGAGAUUAUGCCGGCAUGGAUGCAGGCACGACACCACAGUCUUCUUCCCCGAGAUCAAUCGAACCAAAUUCGGGUUGAGGGGCACCGACUAAGGAGCCCAAAAAAAUUAAAAUAAAGAAAACAAAUCCAGGCUAGGCAGAACUAGGAAGGCCAUGGGAUCGUGGAAUGGUAAUAUGGUGAUACCAUUACCAACUCAGCACAAAGAUUCUUAAGGGAACAACAUAAUUCCCAUUUUCCACGAUUCAAGUUUUAUAUAAUCUUCUUCUAAAGUAAGAUAUGCUGAGGCUGUCAAAGGCAAUCCCCCCCAAUUAUAUUUGCCAUUUUUGGAAUUGGAAGGUACUCUUUCUUCAUCCCCUAAACAUUCCCAACAAAUCCAUGUCUGGAUCAUUGAAAUGCCAGCAUGAAUACACUCACUCUUAGUUCGCUUUAGAUUCAUUUUAAAUAAAAUUUCAUGUCGAUAAAGUACGAGAGAUUCAUCAUUCAUAAGGAACAUCCAGUUUUAAUUGACAAGACAUGUUUUGAACGUGAAAAUGGAGGAGUUCUUGUAAGAAUUUUGAAAUUAAACGUGCUUAGUGUAGAUUACCUCCCGUGAAGUCAUCCCGAUGCACCACAAAAAUAAAAUCGUGCACAGUUA